AUGACUCGGUCAAUAUCGAUACUCGGCCAAAUAGCAAGUACUAGUUCCACGGCCGACUUGUCCCUUGUAAACAAGCCAUUACGGAUAGAGAGUGUAUCCCUACAGGUGCCCUCUCUUAUGAAGUUAGGGGAUAAAAAUUUUUACACAAAGGUAUGUAUGUAUCAAGGAAAAUCCUUUUGGGAUUUUUACUUUCAACUCUGGCCCCAAAAUUUUUCAACUCAAAUUUUGUAUUUUUAUAGAAAAUACAAGGUUUUAAAUACCUCUACAGACUAAUAAAAGUAACUGGAUUAAAAUUAUAUAAAUAAAUAGUAUUAUUCUCAAGGAUAUGCCUUUAGAAGUAUUCAAAUUCUAAAAUUUGACACAAAAUAUAUGUGCAUAGUAGGUAGAUAAGUAGUUAGCAAAUUUAAAAAUGAAACAGAAAUUGCCUUUUUUCAGCGUACAUAUUAUUAUAGAAUUGUAGUGAUACGCAUGUUAGUUUUCAUACUUGAUCAGGUGCAAUAUUUGUUGUCUAUCCGUUCGCCAGAAUAUAUAUAAAAUUGGAGUAACUCGCACAUUUGUUACCAUCUUAAAACAUUUGCCAUCAAGAGAGCCACGGCAUAGAAGCUUGUACUACGGAUUUGAAAACAAAAUUAGUGACGAGUCUCUGGCGUUUUGACUUCUAUUACGCAUGCACGUGAUGACGCGUCACAUAUUUAUCAUAUUAUAUCCGCCAGCCCUCGUGAUAUACCAUGUCGCAUUUUGCAUUCACGCAUUACACUCAUGAGAAUAAAUACGUUACCAAAUAAAAAAGAUAUUAUACUACAUGAAAAUACGUAUUAUACUUAUGAUAUAAAUUACCAAUGUAAGAAAAUAAACAUUAUGAAUAACGUUGAAUAUUUGGAUGUAGAAAUGUGCUCAAAUAAAAAAUGAAAUGAACGAAUAAAUUCAAUAACACAAAAGACUAGAAAAAUGAUUCCUAUGUAUAAUGAAAGAGCUUUAAGAUAUCUUAAGUAAGAUCGAUUUAAGGUUUAUUUAGUUGGCACUGAUAGAACCAAUUGUAUCAUAUGGAAUAAUAGGCUAAGGAAGUUCUUAUGAUAACGUUCUCUCUCGAUUGUAAACUAUUCAAAAUACAUUAAUUAUUAGGAUCACCUUAAAAAAAAGAUAAAAAAUACGAUACGAUACGUAUGAAGAUAAAUAUAAAAUAAAUAACAAAUUUCAAAUCAGCAGUCUUUUUUUAAAAAAAAAUCAUAGCGUCCCAUAGCCUCUGUGUAUGGUGUUGAUACUAGGUUUGCUAAAAAUAGUUAUACAACACACUGGCCUCAUAAAAGAGCCUCACAAAAACAACAUAAAUUUAUCGGUACUAAGAUUCUAAAUUUAAUACCAAAAACACCUACACACAUUACCACUAAAUAGGUUUAAAAAAGAUUACGAAAUUGUUUCUUUCUGAAUUUAACACUAAUUUAUUAUUAUAAAAUAUAUUUUCUGUGUGCCAUAAUGUAUAUUAAAUUUUUAUCAUUUCAAGUUUAUAUUUAGGUGACAAUUUGUUUUUACAUUUAGUUUUAUUAACCAUUAGGUAUACAUUUUUUUUCUCUUUAUAUUACAUAAUUAAUUAUUCUUAACUACUAUACGUACAUCACGUAUGCCAUUAAUAAUUUUAUUAUACUCAUAUUUACUUAAUAACCCCUGGAACUCCACACGACAACACUCAGUGAGACCCAGUAUUCUUUUUGAGAAAUAAAUGAAUAAUAAUAGUAAUAAUAAUUAUAACAUUUUUUCACAAUUCACAAUUCAUAAUCACUACUUCACGAAAAUUCGUGACGUUUUUCCUAAUUUGAUUUAGUUUUUCUUCUGAAUGCCUGAAUAGCUUGUAAAUUGUUUACAUUCAAAAUUUCAAAUUCAAAUAUAUUUUGCGUUUUAAUAUCCUUAUCUCAGAACAACAUUUAAGAAGAAAUAUAAAGUUCACUUACUUCCAAUUUGUUUAUCGCGCAAUAAUAUCCAAUCCGCUAAAAUAUAUUGUCUUCAAAUAAUUCGACAGUAUAUUAUUCGUAGUAUAUUAUGAUCAAAGACUUUCAUACUUGAUCCAGUGACAUAUAUGUUGCCUAUCCAUUCGCCAGAAUAAUUAUUUGCUUUCGGUAAUACGACUCAAUAAAAAUAAAAUUAAUUAUAAUUUUCAUCAUGGUAUUAAUCGUAAAAUUUAAGUUAGACAAAUUAACUCAUUUGUUUUAACUAGUUUAUGUUGUUAACAGCAUAUGCUGCCAAUACCAAUUUCUUCGAUUCUUCCUUAUACACAUGAUUUAGGUCCCCAUGCCAAUUUGACGUAAAUUCCUUGUAACAUUUUUGACAACAUCUAAUCACCGUUGUUUCGAUCUACCACACAAUCUUUUCUUAUGGUUUUCCACGGGGUUGCAUACGAAUUGCAUCCAAAAUUUAAAAAAUUGAUAAGUGAUUACAAGAAUUGUUUCCCGAAUUUUUGAAAUCAGAUGAAGUCAAGGAUUUUUUUACUGACGAUAUUAUAUCAAUUUGACCUAAUGAUGAAAAAAUACAACAAUACAUUUUCAGAUUAUGUAUUAAAUACAUACCUAAACUCUAAUUGUAAUUUCUUACCUUCUACUCUGGAAAAUAUAUUCAUGUUCAAUAACUCGAACUACGAAUGGUUUUGAUGCCUUUCCUUCCAAGUUUAACAGUAUGUUUUACUCAGCACACCCAAAUAUCUUCUAGUUCUUUGAUGUAUUAUAAAAAUAUACACAAUUUGAGAAAAAAUAUGGAAAAUUGUGCUUCUUCACUAAUACAAUGUAUAGCAGUUUUUACUGUUAGGAAAUUAGAUGUAAGUUUCUUUGAGUCCAUUAUCAAUUAUUUUUCAGUUUAUACUAUAACAAAAUACCUAUUUGUAAAUUUUUCAAAAGGUUUAAAAUUCAAAUAAAAUACUAUUUACCUUUUGAUUAUAAGACAAAGUACUUAUCACACGAAUGAGUAACAACUGUAUUACAAAAUAGUAAAAAUAUUGUAUAAAACAAUCACACUCUAUUUUGAUCAUUGAUUGACUAAUCAUAAACACAUGAUCAAAACUGGCCCCAAGUAUUAAAUAAAAUUACUACACAAAUUCUAAAAGCGAAAUUAAUUAUAAUACCAAUAGUAGAAACAAUACAGACUUGUAAAUUUUAACGAAUGUUUUAAAAAGAUGAAAAUGUAUUAACAUAAAAAAUAUUCAAAUUCACUUAAAUAUAAAUUUAAAAAAAAGUCCCAGUUAUUAAUCGUAAGCCAUUAUGAAAACUAAAAACAACAAUUAGAAAUAUAACGAUUUUUCGACACCAAGUUCUUAUGAUUAAAAAUGACCGCGCUGACAUCAUGAUUUGCAUAAUUUAUAGUUUAUAUACAGGUACCGAAAAUUUGAAUUUAAACCCAAUUACUUUUAAAUUCAUCUCCCUUUAAUAUACUAAUAUAAUAUAUUAUACAUACGAAAUCACGCAACUAUUGUAAGUUGUUUAUAUUUCCAACUGAAAUAUUUAGUUCGUUCACCUAUUUUUAAAUCUAUACGUGCAAUUGUAAUUUGUAAUACUUUUUAGUUACACGAAACACAAUUUUAUUCGCCGACUCAAAGACAUUUAUAAAAAUGAAUAUAUGUAUAACUGGUCUAAAUUAGACAGGUCGACAAAAAUAUUAUGCACAGUAGCGGAGUUAUGAAACCAUAAUAAUAAAAUGGGUAGGUAACGUAAAUUGCGAGUUCGAUAAAUAUUAUUAUUAUUAUAUAUAGUAAAGUAUUAGUAUAUAAAUUAAUACUCUUCAAAUUGAGCAUAUAAGAUAUAACUUUUCGAAUGAGACUGACUGAAUAAUUGGGACCAACUCAUAAUCAGAAAAAAUGAUUAAUACUCUAGAAUAUGUCAUGGUUAAAAAUAAUAAAAUGCAUUUAAGAAUUAUUCUAGCUCAAUGUUUUGACGGUCGGAAAAAAAUACCAUAAUGUAAUUUUUUUUAUUACCAAAAACUUUCUUUAAGUGAUUUUGCGAUUCAGACUAAAUGUGUGUAAAAUAUUUUCAUGGAUUUCCUCUAGUUAGGUAUUGUUAAAAAAUAUACAAAAUUGUUGGUAAUAUAUUUUUGGAUUUCUUAGUUACUUUAACAACAAGUGGACUAAUACGGUUAAUUGUUGAUAUUUAUUAUAAAUUAUGUUACGGUUAUUUGUUUUAAAGAAUUGUUAACUCAACUGAGUUCCACUCAAAACCAUUUUCUGUUAGCAAUUGUUUGCCAUUACUUACCUAAAGUAUACAAUUUUAUGUAUUCCUAGGGCCCAGAGUAUCUGCUCUUUCUUUUAUGUAGCCAUUGCUAAUAUGUGUAGAUAUACAUAUUCAGCUUAUUGAUUAAAAAAAAAUCUUAGGAUAAUGGAAACGGGUGCGGCCACUGUUAUAGGUAAUUUAAUGUAUAAAUGUAAGCAAUCGUUGCUUACAAAAAAACAAUUCUGAUUGGAGUUUUACAGUUGAUAGUGAUGCUUUGUUAACAAUAUAUACGUCAUGUUAUAUCAACAUAAUUAAAUAGGCUAUAUAUAUUUUCUUUAAGAAUAUUAGUUUAAUGUUUUACCGAUUUUCUCAAUUUUCUUACGUUUUUCCCGUGUUUUAUCCCGGUUUUUCACAUUUAUCUGGAAAAUUCUUGGGAAAAUGACCUCCCUAAGGUACCUCUCCACUCUGAUUUCUUUUCGGAAAAGGUGCUACACUUAAAAAUCUGAGCAAGUCUUCUUGUAGAAAAAUUGCGCACAUAUAAAAAUAAAAAUAAACAUCUUUGUAAAACCAUAUGCUCUUCGCUCCAUUCAAAAUCUAAAAUAAAUAGAAAAUAGAGUUAGAAUUUCCGAUACCAACAAAUUAUAAAUUUGUAUUACACAGAUUAUAGGUAUCUACGCGGUUUUCAUAAUAUUUAUUUUACUGAUAUAAUAUGUGUACAUAUAGGUAUCCGAGUACAUGUCUGAUUAAGGAUUUUUAUAAAUUAUGUUGUUUGCUAAACGCCAAGAAUUUGUACAACCGAAAUUUAUCGAUGUAAACUUGAAUUGUUUAGUAUUAUUAGUAGUUCAGUAUUAUUGUUUGGUACCGUACAUAAGCAUUCCGCGUUUGUUUUUCGGAGGUCAUAUUUGUUGUUUUUUUUCUUUUAAUUUAAUAAUGGAUGAGGAUUAUUAUUACAAAUGGUAAACAAGUUGUUUACGCCGGAUAUGCAUACACAAUCCAACACUAAAGUGAUUUGCUUAUUCGUUGGAAAUGCUCAAAAAAAAGAUUUUGCACAAAGGUAAAACGCUUAUAAUAAAACGCGACUUACAAUCACAGUUGUGACAAGGUAUUUUUGAGGAUAUCCCGAGUGCGUUCCGCUUAACAUUUUUCCUUUUUCCAUAACCCGACUGCGUCCGCAAUCUUUUUGAUAAAUCAAAUUAAAUUGUCAGAGUCUACAGUCGUAUAAUAAAUAUUACCCGCACCUGUAGGUACCUACUUAUUUUAUAUUUAAGGUAAACUAAUUAAAACAGGAUUUUAUUUCAACUGUGAUAAUAAUUAAUAUAGACUACGACUAGUACCUAGAUGUGUAGUCUUUUAAUGAACGAAAUAACAAAGUAGUGACGUUAUCUUCAAAUUUUUCAAAAAAUGUCAUUGCUAGAUGGCAAUAAUGUCAUGUUAAGUCAACACAAUAAGAACGGUAUUUAAACACCAAUCUUUAAUAUAAUACAUUUUUAGUAAAACUUUAGUAUAAUAAAAUUAGUAUACACUCGCCCUAAAUUAGUCAAAUAUAAAAAGGACUGCGUUGCAAAAAUGACCUUUUUUUUUUAUCGGGACGCACUCGGGACAUUGAAAAAAGAUCAUUUUGAGAAGCAUUCGGGUAACCUCGGUAUUUUUAAAUCGAGCGAAAUUCACGUCUGGCCAUGAAAAAAUUUAACACUCGGAGUUUUUGUCCAAAAUCAUGUAAAAAGGACUUGGUACCUGGACUUUUUAACCAUUUACCGCAUUGAACAGUUCUAACUUUAGCGGAGAAUCUAUCGGUUUUAUUAUUAUGUGUAUUUCUGUUCGGUCAUAGGAAUUAUUUCUAAUCCGCAGUAAAUUACAAGAAAUAAUUAGAAAAACAUUUUUUUUUUUUUUUUUGUGUAUAAGGUGAAGAAAAAAAGAAAAACCAUAGGUAUUAAAUGUAAUUUACAAUGAUUAUUCUAUGAAAUCGGGGUUUUAUUAGAUAUAUCUUAUACCCAUAUCAAUGCCGAGAUCACUAUGUGAUAGAUACGUGCCUAAAAUUAAAUUCAUUAUCGGCCCAAUAAUAUUAAUUAUUAAUAUUAUUGACCCAACAUGUUGUUUUUCUGUGCAUAACGAUUGGAAGUAAAAUACAUUUUUUAACUUUUUUUUUUUUUGUAUGUAGGUAUUUAUUUGAACACGCAAUAAAAGAAAAUGGAUUAUGUAAUUCGCAAUAAGUAUUUACCUACCUCUACAUGUAUUGUAUUCUCCGUCCAACGUUUUAGACAGUGUGGCAAGAUUGUUUUUUUUUUUUUUUUCAAAUAAUACAAUAUAGCCCCCUUUUAAUUUUUUCUUCUAUGAUCGACCGCGAUUGAUAAUACGAUUGUUCGUGAUAACGGGACCGUCAACAACAAAGAUGGCGUGUAAUGGGUCGGGUCAGGUCGGGUUUGUUGUCGUUUUCGUAUGUGAUCGCCUAAUAAUAUCGGAACAACAAUAAUAACAAACCAAUACCUAAUAUAAAAUAGUAUUAUAGUAAAAUUAAUAUUAGUAAAUAGUAACAAAUUGUUUCGAGUUCCAGUACAUCUCCACCCACCUGCUUGGAUUAUAAUUCGCCAGAUUACUCGUCGCGCGCGUGUUUUAAUUCGUGUAUUCGUCGCGUAUAUUUAUUUAUGUUGAACCUAAAGAAGGUAGCUAUAAUCACAGUAAUAAUAACACCUAAUUAUUGCUGUACCCAGUGUCAUGUGUAGUGUACGAUCGAGACGCGAUCGUCAGUCAUGUCGGUCGAUUGCUGCAGGACGGGGCGACUGUUCAAUAAACGUUUCAUCGUAGACGGAUAACGAAAACAAAACAAAAAGGCUGUGGAACCACGUAAACGUACAAACAAAUAUUAUAGUUCAAUUGGCACACAUAUAAGCCGCACAAUAAGACUGCACUAAAAGACUGAACAUCAUCGCUUAAUAAGACUGACGAUAAAGCAAUUUGUACACAAGUAUGUAUACCUAACACUUAAGAGUCUCACAUUUUAUGUAGCCGGAUAGUCCAUAAUUAUAAUUGGGUGCCUCUGUUCCGUGUCACGAAAUGUUUGAUAUUAGCCAUCAGUAAUCGAGCGGUUAUUACUGAAGAAUCGGUUCUCCAUACAUUGUUGUACGAUCACUAUUUUUGUUUCUUUUUGUACGAUCAUUUUGUUUUACCGUUAUCGUAAUUCGCGUAGGUCAUUCGUUGUGCCUAUUCAAUUUCAUAAUGCGAGUUAUAAAUAUGAUUUUUGAUAUUAUCAGGCAUGUAGGUAUUGCUAUUGUACAUCUACUUAUUAAUUCAGUCAAUUAAGUAUGUAGUUUUGUAUUUUAUGACAUUCUUAGCCAUUAUAAUAUGUACCAAACGAUGAUAAUUUUAUGGAAGUAUACCAAAUAUGUAAAAUACCUGAAUUUAAACAUGAUAAACAUAUAAGACAAUUUGUAAAAGUGAUAAUAAAUAGUAAUAUUUUUUUUGUACUUGCUAAAUGUUAUUUAGUAGUGUUUGGCUAUUGGUCUACUAAUAUUAUUGUACGAUAUUAUUUCUCAUUUCUUGACAAAUAAUUUAAUGCUACCGAUCAUACUUCAUCAAUAUGUUAAUUUCAUUGUAACAAAUGUCUAAAAAUUAUUUUUACUUGUGUUUAUAAAAUAAAGUUAUGCAUACAUUACUUACAUACUUAGGGUAUCUUCAAUAUGUAUAUUCAAACUAAACAAUCUGAUACUGAAUAUUACUUGUUUUAGAAUCCAGUUAAUGUACAAAUUAAUCAUGCGAUUAGUAGGUAGUUAAAAUAAAUGUAUAUCGAUAUCUAGGUACCUAAUUUGAUUUUUAAAAAGUCAAUAUUUAAAUCAAUAAUAUUUCAUUGUGUACUUACUGAAACAAAUAUUAAAUAACCUAGUGUGUUUUAUUAUUUUUAUUGAAUUAAUUGAAUUCCAUUUCAUUUGUGUUAAGGUUAAUAAACUUAUAAUCUUUCUUAUGUAGGUAUUGAUUAGACAAAUUCUAUUGGACAAUAUAUAAUAUUAUAAGUAAUCAACAUUGAUAAUAUUUUAGGUGUACUUAUCUAGUUAUUUUAAAUUGAUAGUGAUACAAAUUGUAGGCUGGUAGGUAUUCCACAUUUUAUGAUUUUAAUACUGCAUUGUUUUACAUUUUUGCUGACAUUUAUGCUCUUUGGUUUCUUUAAGACACUAUCUAUAAAUUGUUUGUCUUAUUUGAAUUUACUAAUAUCUUAACUAGUAAUUUGACUCUGCUACCCUCUCCUCUGAGUAAAAACGUCUAGUGUAUCAAACACGGACAGAUAUAUUCAUCAAACAUUCGAUUUGGUACUUACUAUAUUUAUGUUUUUUAAAAUGAAUGCAUUUAAAAGAACUCUUUUAGUUUUAUUAUUUAUUUUUUCUAUGGGUACCUAUUACAGUUAGAAAACAAUAUGUUUAUAUUUUCAAAUAAGGACUCAAGUUUUUAUAGGUAACACUAUUUAAAUGUAAAUUUAAAAAUUGCCAAUUAAUUUUUUUUCAUUAUUACUUGAAUGUUCUCUGUGAUUCUUUAUUAUUGGUAACAUUAUUGGUACUUUGAUACUCAUUAUUUUUAAUAAUUAUAAAAAAAACUUCAUACCAACAAAUUAGUAAUGUACUUAAAUUAUUUUAAUGUCAUUUGUGUUUGUAAAAGUGGCCUAGUUAUAGUACUUUGAAUAUUGGUUAAUUAUUAAACUUGCAUAAUUUAUAUAGAAUUACUUCUGUAGGUUGACAAUUUUUUAAAUUUAUAUUAGUUUUACCACCAAUUUUGUUUGUUCUUAUCCUGAUUAUUCAUUAGUUAGAAACUAUAUUUACUGUAAGUUACCUACUUUUAUUAUAGAUAUUGUAAAAUAAUGUGUACCUAAAGAAAAAUAAAUAUCAAAUAGUCCUAAUUUAAAAAUAAAUAAAUUUUGCAGUAUGGAGGUAUUCAUUUUUAUUGAUAAGUAGGCGCUUAAUUGAUUUUUUUUCUUUAAUCUUUUUGUAAAUUAUUUAAUACAUUUUUUAUUUAUAUGGUUUGUACAGGUUUAUAAUACAUAUCUAUUACUUACAAUUAUUAUGUAAUUUUUUUAAAGUCUGGUACUUACAAUCAUUAACAUGUUAACAUUGUUACUAACAGUAAUAAUAUGUAUAGGUAUAACCAAGGUUUUAUUCUCUUAUCUAUUGAAUAUUAUAUAAAGGGGAGUCCUCAACUCACCAUUUCAUUUGUUGUGUUUUGAACAUAACACAUUCCUUUUUGAUUGCACGAAAUAAUUUGUACCCGUCGUUCUACCAACAACCAACAUUAUCACUCACUAUCACUAUUGAUUUACCAUUCACCAAAAAUGUGCAGUAAUUAUUAUCUCUCAUUUUGCUUAAAAUAUAAUAUCAUUAUUAUAUUAUAUUAUAUUGUUUAUGAAUAUUUAUUAUUAUUUUGUCAUCAAUAUUUCAACGUCUACACUUUCUUCAGGUUUAUUAUUAUUCAUACUAUUUUCUGUCAAAAAAGAUGAUGUCAUUGAAUUAUUACCUAAACAGUACCCACUUUAUUAAAAUAUAGUGAUUUGAGGUCUCCCGUUAAGACUCCCUUACCUCCGUGUACAUUUAUAUUGUCGAAUUGAACGAAGCAACUAGUACUUUAUGUUAUCUCAACUACCAAUCACAACAAUGGAAACUUAUAAAGUAUACAAAAUAAAAUAAAAUUAUCAAUUAUUUUUUUUUAUAAAAAUAUCACAUUAUAUUAAAACUAUCAAUGGAAAGCUAUGAAUAAAUCCAUACUGAUACAAUUUUUUUACUAUGGCCAUUUUUAUAUUCAUGGUGUCACUUCCACUGUUGGUUAAAUUCCAGUAAUUUUAAUCAAUUGUUAAAUAAUAACAAAAACAAUUUUAAACGUCAGUUAAGCAAAUACCAACUUUUAUUAUAUGAAAAUCAGACAACCCUAUCAUUGAAUGACAAAAAUAAUGGAAUUUGAGUUAAUCAGACUGUAAUUGAGAUAGCAAUUAAGUAAUAAGCAGAUAGUCUCCUCAUCAGCCAGUAGUUAAGAUAAGGGGAAAGUACUGCAAUUAUUAUAUAUUUUUAAUAUUAUUUGAGUAAGUGAUGUUUAAUUUUUAUGACCCAAAUGUUUAAUAUAAAGAAAAUUGUAGAAAUGGUAUGAAAUUUACAGUAAAACAAUGUAUUUGUAUUUUAAUUCUAAAAUUUUAUGUUAUCUAGUAGUUGGUAUUUGAUAUAUUGACUUCAAUUCUCAGAUAAAACUAUUCACUUUAUUAGGUCAUACAUCUAAUUGAAUAUUGUUUUUUAAUAGUUUGUUUCAUUGUGUUAAUUUAUCAUCUGCAAUAUACCAUGCCUUAAAAUAGUAUAAAAACAUUACCUAACAGUUUUGUUUUAAAAAUAUGGGUAGGUACUAAGUAUUUACAUUGUUUUUUUUUAUUAUUAAAAUUCAAUUUUCUGGAGCUGACCAAUUGAUAAUAAUAAUUAUACAUUCAACACUAAUUAUUCAUUUUCUCGAAAUGUAUACGUUUUCCAAUAUUUCCUUUAAUAUGUUAUUAAUUCCAAAAUAGGCGCAUAAUUGACUAAAAUAUUAAAAUAAAGUAUAAACGUAGGCACAUUUACUAUUAUAAAUGAAACUUCCAGAAAAAACUUAUAUUCUGAUUUUAGAAUUUGGUAAAAGAUCAAUUUAAAUUCAUGCACCCACAUUUCACAACAAAAACGUGAUAAAAAUUGCUGUUAAAAUAUUGCGGUUUAAAAAUUUCAAUUGACGUAUUAUGUACCUUAAUAUCUUUCACUUCUUAAGUAUGUACCUUUGCAAUACUUAUGUAUAAUAUGUCUUAAGUUCCAAAACUCGUCUCCUUCAAGAAUCAAACAAUAUUGUGCAUAUUGUGUAAUAUUUAUACAUUUUUAAACCAAGUCAAAACUGCUAUACUUGAAUAUUAAUCAAAUUUCAGAUUGUAAAUGUAGAGAAUAUAUUGUUUUUACUAUUAUGUGUACUUUUUUUCUUUUAAUUUUGUUAACAACUUAUAACUACUAGAAAUCUCGAUCUGCUUUUUAAGUUCACCAUCUUUUCUGAAGCAAAUUUUAUCUAGUUUGUGGAUUGAGGAUGUAAUUUUCCUUGUAGUUUUAUUUAUAAUUAUAAGAAAAAAUAGGAAAAUAUACAGAAUUAACGAUUUCUUCGUUUUCGAUUUUAGUUUUUUAUUUUUAUUUGGUUAAGAAUAAUCUCAGAGAUAUGACAUUUUCACAAGAUACUUAUUUUACAUACCUACUUAUACUCUUUUGGACGUGGUAAAAUUUUAAAAUAAUCUGGCUAUUUUUUAGUUAUUUAUAAACAUUUAAAAUUUUUCGUUUUUUUUUAUAGUUUUAUUUGAAUAAAAUUAUCAGUCAGAAAUUCUUGAAAAUGUAACACGUGUUUCAUCAUAGGUUGUACUUAGUAGUUAAAAGUUGAACGCAAUAAAAUAUAGUUUUUUUUUCGAAUGAUGUUUAAUUUGAUGAAAUUCGUAAAAAUCACGGCAUUUCAAAACAAGUUUACUGAAUUUUGCUCGAAAUAGUAUUUCUAUAGCAAUGAUUUAUCGUUGUGUACAGAUAUAAAUGAAAUAUUCUUUCAUUCCUAUAAUCUAACCUAAGUUACUAAUCAACAACCCGUGAGCAAUAUCAGCUCUUUUUAAAAAAAAAAAAAAAACUCUAGUUAUUCGUUUUUGCAUUUAAUAUUAUCUAAAUCUUUGAUAUUUUAUUGUACUUAUAUUAUUAUUUUGAAAUGGAUUGUAGAUUUAUAGGUAAGUAAACUCUGAGAAAAUCAAUGCUGUGACUAUCGUGAGUAGGUAUAUAUUCUAUUACCGUUCUGUUUACCAUAUGAUCUUGAAAUAAUUUUCAUUUCUAUUUUUAAAUUCAUACACUUUUACUAUUUUAAACAUUUUCUAUGUGUUAUUUUUAGUGAACCGGAUUAAAUUUCGAUUAUAUCUAUCCGCGGGCUAUAGGAUAAUUAUCAUAUAGGAUGAUUUUUUAAGCAUGCACAUUCCUUUGAACAGUACCUAUAGAUUUAUUAAAAUUAUUAUAAAUUUAAUUAUUCAUUUGAAUUUUUUCUCCAAUAUUUAUUAUUAGUACAUCAAACAUGUGUUCUCAUUAAGAAAAAAAAGUUUACGUUAGGAUAUUCUUGAAAUUUUAAUGAAAAUUCGAGUAUUGGAAAAUAUAUGUUUUAGCUAGUAAAUAGGUAUCUAUAUUCUAUGUAUUUCCUAAAAUAAAAUAAUAAUAAAACGAACAAGGCCUGUGGGGAACCUAAUACAUAUUAUUUUCUUUAAGUUUGUGAUUGAGUUUUAAUGCUAUAGUACUUUCACGUUUGACCUUGGCAUUUGGUGAUUUUUUUUGUUGUUUCUGUCGUAUAUAUUUUAUUAAGUAGACGGUGUCUAGUCGUCUAGACUGUAGUAUACACUUUAAUAGACACGCAUAAUGUAUAUAAUUUCAAAAACAUGGUAAGUAGGAAAGGUUUUACCCGAGGUAAAUUAAGGUUUAGGUUAAAAUGUUAAAAUCUGGGCAAAGUUUAAAAGAUAGGUAUUAUAGUUGUAAUUGACUUUGUCGGGGUAAUAAAAUAAUUCCAUUAGUUACUAUUAUUACCUUGCUAUGUUUUAUCAAUCGGAAAUGUAAAACUACGUAAAUUUAUUUAGACCAGCGGUUUUCAAAUUUUUUAGAAGACCAUAUUUUUUUUGUUUUUUUUUUUGAUAAAAUUCAGCUGCAGUGCUCCGCUAAAUGAACACCGCGAGUAACACAAAUUAGAAACGAACAUUAUUAGUUUCAUUGAUUACUAAUUGAAAAACAUACAAAAAUAUAUUUCAAGAUAAAAAAUCAACAGCUAUAUAAAAGUGGAAAAUAUUAAUUCGACGUAAUGAAUGUGACAACAUUGAUGUAUUAAACAAUUUACAUUAAAUUGUAAAUAAUUGUUUUUUUUUUUUCAUUUAAGCUACCGUGUCGAGUUUGGGAACUGCUGAUAUAUAUUAUAUUAAAAAAAAAAAAAAACAAUUCUUAUAAACCAUAAACGCGAUAAAAACCUGUACACUCGUUCAGCAGACGUUUCGUUUUGUGACGAUUGUUCACUUUUAAGCAAGUCGUUAUUAUUAUUAUUUUCCGGUUUCACUAUGAUGUCUAUUGUUUUUCUGACUGCUAGCAUCAUUUUUACUAGAAAUAUUUAAACGUGUAGCAUCGUUUCUAAAUUUAAAUUAUAUCUAGUUCAUGAUUUUAGAUUCUUAGUGGAGCAAGGAAUGUAUUAGUUAUAAAAUUAUGUUUAUUAUAUUUUUUUUUCUGUAAACAACUUUUCUACUAGAAAUUUUGCUCAGAUUUUCAAGUGUAGUAAAUUUUCUGAAAGGAAGUUGGACUGGAAUGAUGCUUUAGAGAGAUAAUUUUUUUAAUUUUCCUAGAGAUUUUCAUAUUAAAUGGGGAAAUUUACAUGAUGUAUUAUUGUCACAUCAUAACUAUUACGGCCUUUCAAAACGUGUAUGACUGAACUCCUCUCAGAAUCGUUUUUUUAAUCAAUGGUGUUAAUCGUUGAUUUCGGAUAUACAUUAAAUUUCCCUUCUACCUUCCCAACUUCUAAUCUACAAUAGUGACUCACUCAUUAUUAUUCGAACUCUGUCCGUUGUUUUUUUAAUUUUUCUUUCAUGUGGUUUUCUAUAUGAAAUAAAAUGGUUUUCGGGAAUACCAUAGGUAGAGAAAAAAAAUGUUUUGAUAUUUAACUUUAUUCAAUAUUUAUUUGGUUUUAUAUGGAUAUAAUUGUUUUGAAAAUUGUUCUUGUGAUUCAUCAUUCAUCAUAAAUUGUACUUGAUGGUAAAAAAAAAAAAAAUGAACGUAGUAUAGUUAAUUUUUUAUAUACGUUUUGAGUUCAAAUUUUUAAGAAAAUAAUAAAAAUAAACGGCAAUUCAAAACUUGCUGGGAAAAUGAUUUGGAAGAAGAGCUUAAUAUAUUUUUCAUUGGUUCGGUUUGUGAUAUAAUAAUACUUAAAAAUUUUUUUUUUUAUCGUCAAUUUAUCAUUGCACUUAAAAAUGCAUAAGAGAAUAAUAUAAUCUCUCGCUUAUAUGGGUUUUAUAGUUUUAUAUAUAUUGCCUGUGUUUGUUUUACUAAAAAAAAAAAAAAAAAACGUAUACAGUUAGGUUAGGUUAGGUUGUUAUAGGGGUUAUCGUCAUCGUAUUAUUAUUACUCUAAUGAUAUGAUUGUAAAUAUAAUAUUAUUUUAAUACAUAUUGCAAUAAUAUCUUCACAUCCUAAGCGGUUGUAAUAUUUCUAUUAUAAUUAUUACAUACCUAUAUUAUAUUACUUACAAAUGGGUACCUAUAUCGUUUUUAAGUGUACGUGCAUUCGUUACGAUAAAACCGAUAAAAGUGUAUAAUAUAACAUUAUUAUGCACAAAACAAGGUCAGCGCAUAUUUUUAUCUCAUCUAUAAAAAAGAAAAAGUUUUUAAUGCUGUUUGUAACGCCUGUUUGAUCAGACUUCCGCGACAAACAAGACGUGCAUCAUAGUAAUAUUAUUGUAUUCUGCAUGAAGUGAUUAAUACCAUUAUCAUUAGCAUUAUUUUUCCACUUUUGACCGUUUGUACAAUGGUCUAAUAUUGAACUCGUUCUUUUUAUACCCUCGAUAUUAGGUAUAUUAUUGGGUAAGUGUAUACUUGAUUAAUUUAUUCGUAAGAAUUGACAGAUUGUUAGUGAAAUUGUCGGGUUUUUCGAUUACGGCACGCGAAAUAAAAACCAAUUUCAAAGCUCGAACGAACAUAGUUCGUCGUGUUAUUUAAGAUACCGAGGUUACACUACCUACCGUUAUUUAAGUGGGUCGAAUAUCGCUAUUUUCAUUAUUUUUCUUAAAUAUACAACAUAAACUACUGACACAAUAGGCGUUGAUGGUUGUUUAGUACGUUCUCAUAGUUUUAACCAUUCUUUUCUUCCCCUUUGUCUUCAUCCCAGCUAUUUGGCCAUCUUCGUCCUAAACUUCCAUUUGACAAGAUCCCCGACAUCAUCCUGGCAUACAUCCUCCGUUUCUCAAACAUUUCAAUCGUUUUCAACAAUUUGUUGAGUCUUUCUCUUCCCCUCAUGACAUGCCCAAACCAUCUCAAUCUAUUUUCUCUCUUUGGUUCAUUAUGAAGCCAGAUCUAAGCUUAGAUGAUGAAUGAGUAGAACGACAAGAGAAGUCUUGUCAUUCCCUUUUCUAUUUAAAUUAAUAUUUAACUAAAUGUAAUGAUGAUAUUACGCUAAAUAAAACUAUAUAAUUUUGAUAUAAAACGAUUUUCGACAAACUACGAUUUCUCGAUCGGCUGAUCAAGUGGCAUUUUUUUAUUGUUCGACGUUCCUUGGUAUUUGUUAAUGCUACAUCUGGAUAGAGAUCGAACUAUUUUUUUUUUUAAUACUACUAUUGCAUACUAGUUAAAAUAUUGUACCAGUAUUGUUUUUUAUUUUUUUUUUUUUUAAUAGAUGAUAAUGAAGUAACUAAUAUCUACGUUUCAAUACAAACAACAAUGUACCGAAGUCCGUGGUUGUAAUACACAGAUACCUAAUAAUGCGAUUUUAGUAUUUGUGUUAUCAAGUACAGCGCGAUCUAACGGAACAAAUCCUACUCAGAGUCAAUGACCGACGGUUUGUGAUCAAUUCUGUUAUACGGUCGUGAUAGAUAACAACAUCUCUAUACUAUUAGAUCAUAAUUCUCUCUCACAUUACUUUAUGGUUUUUCCCACCAUCACUAUCCAUGUGCUCCAGACACGACUGAGAAACUGUACAAUAAUCGCGAUAAAAACAAAACAAUUUUAAUCAAAUCAUUUAAUUUCUCACGUUUUUAUCGUUUAUUUUGGAAUUAGACUUUGGUAUGGAGAACGCUUCAUAAUAUUUUGCUGGCAUGUUUGUUUAUUUAGUUGUGCUUUUUUUGUUCAAAAAUAACCUUUCUAGAGUUGUUAUUAUACUUUUAUCAGGUUUUUUUCUGAUGACCAUCAUUAAAUUUCGAAUAUUCUCGAACGAUUAUUUUGUAUUUGUACGAAUUAAUAGGUACACGUGGUUUUCAAUUAAAAUUUCGUUUUUCCACCCCGCAUAACAUCUGCACCCGUCACUCAGAAUCGUGCUUUUUCUAUUCGAUAUAUUAUACCAAUACUAGUCGAGGCAACUGUUUUUUUUUUCAGCUGGUUUGAGUUAAGUUAUCCUAAAACAAAGCUAAGUUAAAGUUAAUUUUAAAUUAUAACUGAAUUCGAGUAGUUGAGUAAGUUGGGAAUGGGUACUUUUCUUUUAAAAUUGCACUCGUGUAUCUGUAUACUUUCUACUCGACCUCGAGUGGGUAUCCCGUAAAUCACAAUAGGUCGAGUUUAAGUGAUUUAUUAUAAGCGACCUAACUACCUAACAUAGUCAAUACAAUUUUUCGAACAUUCGAUUUGUUUUCAAGUAACUUUAAACUUUUCGACUUUCUACGCGGAUACUCUAUUUGGAAUACGUACCUUAUUGGGUUUUUAUCGAAUGUUUCGUAUUUUUGUGCGCGUAAUACAAUAUGCGCACUUUUUUUUUUUUUUUUUCUUGUUCAGUCGAUAUUAUUAUAAACGUAAUCGAUCCUCGCGUCGCAUAAUGCAUAGAGAACACUUUAUAACGUAUACACACAUACAUACACACUUAUUAUAUUAUCCUAGACAAAUGCCGGCGGUCUAUAUAGGUCAUUCGAGCUGUAUUACACACCAGUGUAUUAUAUUUAUACGUGUAUAUAUUAUGUAUAAUACUAGUCACUGACGCCGGAUCGGUCCGAUCAAUAAUGCGUUUAGAUUGCGCAGUGCUGCACACACGAUGCACCGCGCGGUCGCCCUCCCCGCCGCGCCGCCGCUAUAGCUAUUACCGUGUGCGUGUAGAGUGUGGUUCGGCCGUCGCCGUCGUCCGAUGCGAUCGUUGUGUUCCGCGCGGGCAUUUCGCACCCGGUAUACGACAUUGUUAUUAUUGUUAUCAUCAUCGCCGUUGUCAUCGUCGUCCGACCGGAACACGGUCAUCUGCACCCGUGAUAACCCGCAGAUGACCGCGAUCGGGACUGCGCAAAAGAUAAUUGUGAUAAUUGGUCCGGUUUGUUUUCCACAACGUGUUCGCAGCGCGGACACAGAACGUUUAUAAUAUUAUCGUGUUUAAAACGUAUUUAGAAAUUACGUUCAACGCCAGGUAUCGCGUUCGAGUAUUAUAUGCCGCAGUUGAUUAUUGUUAUUGCUAUUGGGCCAGCGGCGCGUACGCGUUUUCACGAAAUUGGCCAGUUUUUUUCCCGUAAAAUUCCGUUGCUAUUCGUUCCAGACGGCAUCCGAGUACAUACAUGCCUGUUUAUGUUUCUAUUUUUGUUUUUGGGAUUUUAAGUCGUGUCUUCUUUUCUUUCGGACAACAAUCGCUUUUGGCGAAUGAUUUCUAAUAGUGUUUUCACGGAGUACCUUGAAAGACGCAAAAUAUCCAACCGGCGGCGGUACUUUACUGGUUAACAAUUCGUUUUGAAUUUUCAACAGUUCACCCCCGGGCCGUUGUUUGGUUAUUUUUCUCGGAAAAUUCUUUUUCGCUUAGUUAAAAAUUGUCUAAAUUAUCCUCGCCUCGUCCCUUAAAAGAUGUGGAGUUUUUGCCUGGUGGUACGUUAUUUAUUAAAAAAUAUCUAGAUUCUCAACGGGUUUUCUGUAAAAUUAAAAAAAAAAAACUUAAAAUAAACAUUGAUACAAUGGUCCCAUUUUUGUUGAUUUUUUGAUUUACCUUGAAUACGAGAAGAAAAACACGAUUAAAACUAGAUACUUUUCAAUAAAAAAAAAAAAAAAACAAAAGAAAACUGAUUGUCAUAAAAAAGUUCUAUAUGUAAUAUAUGUAUUAUAUUUGUAUUUGUAUUUAUUUUUAUGAAUAAAUAUAAAGUUACUGUUUUCUCAUUAUUACAUUUUUCUUUUAAAAGGAAUAUUGAAUUCAAAAUGAAAGAAAUGUAUAAAAGCUUUAUAAAUAUUAUUUAUUGACUCUGGAAACCAAUCUGAAAAAGUCAGGAAAUUAUCAUAAUGGAGUAUUGUAGCAAUAGUUAUGAAUUAGUUUUUCUAUUUAUAAUAAAUUUAUCCAAAAAAAAAUAUUUACCGGGUAAACGUCCAUCACUAAUAUAAUAAUUAUCCUAUAUCCUAUUUACUUUUUAAUCAUUUAUCCACAAAAUACGUUUUUUUUUUUUUUAAUUUUUUAUUAAAUUUUCCCAUUUUUUACCGAAAAAACAAUAAAAGUGAACCGUGUAUUAUGUGUUGCGUUUUAUACGUUCACGAUUAAAAUUUAUUUAAAAGGUUUCAUAAAAUUAUAGCAUUAUGUAUGUAAGCAGUGCGUUCGCGUUUCCAAGUAACACUAAAUAUUUCGACCGAAUAACCUUGAAUAUUAAAUUUCGUAUUCGGAAGACGAUAGAGAGUACUGAAAUACACAUUUUAGUAUUAAUUUUUACCCUUUUCGAUGUGUGCGCAUGUGCAAUAUAAAUUAAUUUUUGUGAAUAGCAAAAGUAUAAUAUGUUCAAUACUAAAUUCGAAUAGUAUUAUUUUCUGUCAAGUAACUUUGAUUGACCUUUACAAAUCUUUUUAUUAAAAAAUUACCCAAGAUAGAGCCAUCUAAAAUUGAUUAAAAAUAUAAUAUUUAUAGAUUUUUCAACAAAUGUAAAACUUGUGUUAAUAUGUAUAUGCUGUUUUAUCUUUACAAAUAAACUAUUUUCCCCAUUUAAUACCAUAGUCAAAUUGUUCACGUUUAAAGUUUUGCGUUUUAUAUUUUUUGAAAAUUAAUUUAAAAAAUCAUAUAUUUUAAUCAACUUUAGACGAAUGUAUCUGCAUAAUUUACUUGCAAAAAAAAAAAAAAAAGGACUAUUGUAAUGUAAUGUUUAAAGGGCAUUUGAUUAAAAAUAUUAAGAAAUUACAAACAUAUAAUAUUCUCAUACAAAUAUAUAGCUAUAUGCAAAUAAUUCUAAAAACCAGCUAAAGCGUCAUUUAAUAUCGCAAGUCGAUUUAAAGCAGUGGCAAACUAUUAGUUUAUAGGUUCACUGUUGUUAGCCAAAAUACACCAUAGUAAAACAUUUACUCGUAUUAUUUUUAUUUUUCGUCUAACCUAUCGUAACGGCGAUGAUCCUAAACACGAACCGUUUUAAGCUUAAGAGGAAGAAUUACCUAUCUUUGGUUUAUGAAUAUAAAUAAUCAGUGGUAUAAAUAUAUUUAAGGUAUACAUAUAGUAAGCGAGAUAAAUAUUAUUUUGUUACAUUUUAGGGGGAGUUAACAUACCUGGGUAAUACGACAGUACAAUAUUUUUGGGGGAAUUUACUAUUUUACUUUUUAUGGGAGAGUAUAAUCGUCUGUAAUUUUAGAAAAAUAUAGAAACGUGUAUAGUAUACGAAAAACCUAUAGUGGUUUUUAUUCUCAAUUCGUGAUAUAUAUAUAUAGGUAUUAUAGAUAAUGUAUAAAAACAAAAUACAAUAUAUCGUUAUAAUCCCAUGAAAUGCGACACAGAUAAAAUACAUAAAUCUUUUUUCUUUAUUUUUAAAAAAUAUAACACGCAAGUAGGUUAGUGUAUACUCGUGUCGAUGAAAAGUGUAAGUAUAACAAAUAAAAUAUUGAUGAUUCGCCCUUGUAUGUUUGUGUAGUUAUACAGGGUGAUCAACAUAAUAUAAAAAACUCAUUAUUUCUAAAAAAAAAAAUUCCAUUAUCGAUUUUUAGAUUAUUUAAGAAACAACGGAGCUCUAAAAUGUUAGGUACAUUACUAUUAUUUUUAUCACAUUUAAAUUUUGAUAUUGACAUUUAUUAUUUCUGUGCACCCGUUCCCGCGCCACUACACAAAUGAUGCUCUAAAGCAUUUUGUCAUCGGGUUGACGGAAAUUAAAAAUGUUAACACCAUAAGGUAUUUAAACUAAAACUUCAUCAAUUUAUGGAAUUUUCGUUUUAUAUUUAAAAAUCACGAGUGUGUAGCACAUUUCAUCCCAAAAAUUAAGAUGACGAAAAAUAACGACGAUAAAACGAUUAAAAUGAAAAAUGUUUUGUCACUUAAAUGCCACAAAACAAAUCCAGAAAAAAGUUAAUACUUUCCGAGAUAUCGAGUCUUACGUGAUGUUGGUCCCCCUGUAUAGUCUUUAUGAUACUAAAAUAUCUCCAUCAGCAAUUUAUAAUGUUAAUAUAUAUAUGUAAUAUUAUAAUGAGAUUUUUUGCAAAUCAGAGAAUAUUAUUAUAAAAUACAUGUUCUACGGUCUCUUGAAUUAAAUAAAAAAAUAUAAUAUUUUAAUAAAAUACGUAUAACGGUAUCAUCAUUGUUCGAAAUUUAUCGUCGUUUGCGGUAAAAUGUUAAAUUAUGCGACACAGUUAUUAUAAUAUUUUGCUAACUGUUAUGAUAUGUUAUCUUCUUCUUCUACUUCGCCUUCAUCCCUCGCAAUUAUUGGAGACGUUUAUGCCUAUAAAACUCUUAUCUAUCUUAUCUUACCUCGCCUACCACACGUCAUCACCCCCGAUCCAUCGUCAUUCGCCUUCAUCUAUAAUCUAUAUCUAUAUUAUAGACAUUGCAUUUUUUUAAAGUUAGCACAAUAUGUAUGAUAUUCUAUACUUAGUAAUUUUUAAAUUUGCCCAUUAUAUAAAUUUGUUUGAUAAUAAAACGAUUGGUUUGUUUCAAAUCGAUAAGAUUUUAGCGACUAUGGAUAGAAUUGUUUGGAAUGCCAAGGAUUAGAGUAUUUUUUUUUUUUUAUUUGUGUAAUUUAUUAUAUCAUAUAUACAAGGGAAAAUUCAAGUUUGAGAUCCCUUUAACUAGAUCGCGUCCCUCCCAAAAAAAAAAGACUUCGGACAAAGGGAUUCGUAAUCAUAUAUUCAAUAACCUUUGAAUACUAUCCUAUUGUAAAAAUUCUCUUGCUGGGUUUCCAGAGUGAAUAGUUCAAACAAACAAUUAUUGCUAACUUUAUAGGUGUACCUAUUAUUUUAGACUCUAAGUGAAGCGAGGAAUGUAUUGGUUUUACAAUGAUGUUUAUUUUUUUUUAUUUGUAAACAACUUUUUACCAGAAAUCUUGCUCCGAUGUAUCAAGAAUAGUACUACUAAAGAGUGCUACUAGUACCUUCUCUGAAAGGAAAUUUAAUCUGGGUGGUACUUUAGGGAGGUUAUUUUUUAAAUAUUUCAAGCGGUUUAUGCAAUAAUUUGGAAAAACUAGAAAAAAACGUAUGAAAAACAGGAAAAUUUACGAAAUGUAUUAUUUUCAAUUUUGUUUUUUGUUGUGAUUCAGUUAAAAAUUAUUUUAAGAAUUUACAAUUUGAACAAACCAGUUAUAUUUGUCUUUUUUAAACGUGGUCAAAUUUUUCAAACAUUUUAGAAAUUUUUGAGUUGUUUAUAGACAUUUUAAUUGUUCGUGAUUUUUUUCGUAAUUUUUAUUCGGUAUAGGUACUUAGUAAAUAAAAUUGUUAGGAAAAACAGACUUAACAAUUUAACAUAAGAUUCAUUAUAUGUUGUACUUGUAUUGUUAUAUAUAUAUAAAAAAAAAAUGAGUGUAAUAUAAAAUGUUUUUUAUAAGAAUUUUAAUAUAAAAUUUUUGACGAAAAUCGUAAAUAUUACGGCUUUUCAAGGCACAUAUUACCGAACUUCGCCCAAAAACGUUUUUUGUAAGCGAUAAUUAAUCGUUUCGUAUAGAUAUACAUUAAAUUCCCCCUUAUAUCCUACUUUCCUAACUUCUCACCUACAAUAGUGGCCCACCAAAGGAUCACUAUCUCGCCUAUCGUGUGAGGCAUGUCCAUCUUUUUAAUUUAAAAUUAAAGUUUGAUUAAUUUGUUAAAAUUAAAUUAAAAAUUAUAAUUGUAUUCGUAGUUUUACUAAGUAAAGUAGCUAAGUAUAAUAACAUAAAAUAAUAUAUUUACAACCAUAAACUUAAAAUAAGAAAAAAAAGUGGUCUUGGGAAUUUGGUUGCAUUAAUAUUUGAUUUAAAAUUUUAAUGUAUCUAAAGUUGUUGAAAAAAAUUAAAAACUAUAUCAUAAAUACAUUGUAAGUUUACCAAUACUUAGUUUGAACUUCAUAGUGUUCAAUGUUUCUAACAUAUAAACAAAAAUAAAACGUGUUUAAAACCCUAAAAAAAAUUCUAAAACGCUAGUACAAAAAUUAAACUUGGUAGGUGUCCAAUAUAAUUACCGCAAACGAGCUCUUUAAUCCGUAAUUACGACAUUGUGUUCACCCUACGCAUUCGAAAAACCGUAUAUAUUAAUGCCAUAUUUGUCCCACUUAUUCGGGUAUAAUAAAUAACUGUAAUGAUAACAAUAAUUUAUUAUCUCGAUAAAAUAUAAACACUCGAUUAUAAUGAAUUAUAAUUAUUUGUACACAGGUAUAG